UUUUCCUUUCCGAUCCCCCCUCUCUCUCUCUUCCUCCACUUCUCAUCCUCUCAUCCACAUACAUCCCUCCAUCCUCUCUCUUAUUUCCUUGUUACCUUACACACACCACCCACCACUAUCAACCACCAACCACCAACCACCACUACUACCACUACUACUACCAUCAACAACCACCACCACUACUAACCACUACUAAAUCUAAAAUAUUACCACUCCACACACCACCAUCCACACCCACCACACCACUUUCCUGACACCACCGCACACUCCAACACACACCAAACACACUGCAACUACACCUAACCUACGCUACUCCUCCUCACAAACACAACCCACCACAACCCACUCCAGCACACCCUCACAGUGUCCAAACCCAAGAAUUAAUCCCACGAUCCCGCCUUCACUCUAUCAGAACGACAAACCACCCAUCCACGAAAACACAUCAAUCAAUUAAACCCCAACACCACGACUUAUCCAUCAAUCUCCACCGAUAAAUCACAUCCCGCGACCACCGCCAACACCGCUCCGACGGUCGUUUCCUCGAAAACGGAUGUCGCACGCCUCAUCCUGAAAUGCGAUGUCGAAUGAGGUCGUGCUUGCCGGUCGCAAGCAACUAACGACGAGUCGCGAGAACGACAUCGAUUUAAUAGAGCGAUCGCGCAAGCGCAAACUCCGCGAACUGUACGCCGUCGCGACCUGCGAUGGGCCCAUCCCUCUACCUGCCUUUCUCGAUCUCAACGCCCCCAUUUCGGAAGCUACACCUGCUGAGCGCGCGUUCUUAACCUUGAAUGAUAUCAAAGAAGGUCUCAUCUUAAAAGAACACACGAUCCCCUCGCGACGACGCCUCCGAUCCGAUGCGCCCAGAGCGUCAGUGGGAAUCGAUAAGUCGAGCCUAGUGUCGCGGGCGAGCGCGCCACUGGAUUACGCUCAAAGAGAUGGGAGGGAGUCGCUCCAGGAACGGCCGAAGACAGACGCCUCUUACAACACUGGGCCUUUGUACGCCAAGGCACCUGCGACUGUUGAGCGGCCUUUGUCCCGGACGACGCCACCGCGAGGAUUGCAGGAUGGAAAGGCCGCUGGACCGAGACGGAAAUCAAUCCCUCGCGAGGAGGCGCUGAGGAUCGAUCGAGCUGUGACGACAAAGGUGCAGACUCCGACUGCCUUGCUGGAUGCUGCUGUGGAUGAGACGCUGGGCGAUGCGAUUUACAAUGCGAAUAACCCGCCUGCGCCUACCAAGGACGAUGCACCGACCCGCGAGAUGUUAGAGAAGGAUCACGUCGUCAAGAAGGCUGAAGCUACCCCCGAUACACCUGGUGUCGAUCCGAACGUGGCGAUUCCAAAGUCGGCGGAAGAUGCGGCGCAGUUGCCUGACCUUAUAGUUAAUGGCGCCAACGACCCUACCCAUAAGCCGUCGACUGUCCAUCUACCGCCGCAGGAGGCGCAGGAGGCGGCGAUUAAGGAGAGGGAGGACCAGAGACAUGCUGUGAGGGAGGAGAGGUCUGUUGAUACGGCUGCGGCGAGGUUGGCCCUCGAGGUGCCUGCUCAGCACGAGAGACAGGUACAGGCGGAUGUGGCAUCGUCCCCUGGAUCGACAGUCGGACCACUCUCCGCAACGACUUCGGCUCACCACCACGAGACCUCCGCUGAUACGAGCCCAGACAACGAGGCUCACCACUACGACCAAGAAGUCGCAGAGGAGAAGGUCGUCCCGGAAACUCCACCUGAGCUGGCACCUACCCAGGAAGAAGUGCGGGAGAAGGAUGCACAUGAUAGAAUACUAAAAUCCCAGAUCGACGUUGCGCGCGAGCACAUCCUCGGAAGCAGCCCGACCGCCGCUGAUACGCAGUUAUUGGAAGAGCAGGCCGCGGCUGCCUCGACUAUCCCUGGGAAGGAAGGAGCUGCCGCCCGUCCCGCUAAGGCUGAGGUCGAUGGACGUCAGCCGGAGGUGAGGGAGUUGGCGGGGGCGCCCGAGACGGCGAAUGAACUUAUGGAUGAUGAGAAGGAGGAUCAGGAUGAGGUUGUGGGUGUGCCGACUCCGGAUGAGAAGGUGCCUGAACCUAUGCCGGCGGCUGUUGAGGCAUUGAAGAAGGAAACCGUGCCACAGCCUGCUGAGGAGGUACCUGAGCCUAUGGACGUCGAUGUGCCGGAGCCAGCUCAGGCUAAGGGGAAGGAGGUUGAACAGGCUGCCCCAGCUCCGGAACCUAUGGAUGUUACGGAGCCAGCGACGACUGCGCCUGCUAAGCCUGAGGAGCCUAAGGAGCCGUCUGCGGAACGUGCGACCUCGACUGCGGUAUCGACUCCGUCGAUUGAGCGGAUGACGACCCGCGUUGCGUCUGGUGCGAUGAGGCAUAAGUCUGUGUCGGAGAUCCUAGGAGAGACUCCACGACCAAGCUCAUUGAAUACACCGGAAAGAACACCAGGGCGUGCUCUGGCCGAGACCGAUUCGAACCUCCCAUCAGGGGUAUCUACGCCAAAGUCCACUACGUCACGGAUGCGAAGCCUGACUGAGCGCGCGCGCGAGAAGGAGCGCAGCAAGCUCUCCACCGUCGUAUUCGCCAAACAGCCAGUGACCAAAGACACCAAGACGUCUGCACUGAUCAGCGCGAACGCCAAGCCCCAGGGAACCGAAUACCCCGACUACUUCAUGCCCCUAAUCAACGCGCAGAGCUACACCGCGAUCCGCGGCUACCAAACCCUCGAAGCCCUCCUCGCGAGCGCGCACAAGACCAUCACGACCACCAACGCCGCCCUACCCUUCCAAGAAGCGCAAGCCCAGAAGAUCAUCCGCCGCAUCCACAGCCUGCAGAACCACGAUAAGUGGUCCCUACGCCAGCCGAAGCGCAGCCCGGAACCGAUCCGCCCGACGACGCAUUGGGAUGAGCUGCUAAAGGAGGCGCGGUGGAUGAGGACGGAUUUUAGGGAGGAGAGGAAGUGGAAGACGGCGUUGGCGAGGAGGGCGGCGUGGGAGUGCGCGAUGUGGGUUAAUGGGGAUCAGGAGGUGAGGGAGGGGUUGGUGAGGAAGGUGAAGGUGGGGGUUUUGGAGUCGGUGGAAGGGGGAGAGGAGAUGGUGGUUGAUGCGGAGGGUGAGGUUGCUGGGGAGGCGAAUGCUGAGGAUGAGGUGGCUGCUGAUGCUAUGGUUGAUACCGAUGCUGAGGUGUCGCAUCCUACGCCUGAUCUUGUGCCGUCGUCGGAUAACGAUACACCGCUUGAUGAGUUUGAUGAUGAGCCUCGGAUUAGUUUGCUCGAGACUGUUGCGCCGACUGCUAUCUUCUCGCUGGACAAUGAUGAUCUGGUGUUUGGACUUUCGAGGUCGGCGGCUUCGGAUAAACUACUCCAGGAGCUGCCGAUGUAUGGUGCGCCGUUGAAGGUUCAUCAGAGCGAUCUGCCUACUUCGGAGGUUGACCCUGAUGCCUCGUGGAGGAAGCCAUAUCUACCACUCAGCAAGUAUAUUGAGGGUAAGAUUCGCUUCACUGACGAGCCGCCACCACGCAAGAAGAGCCGAUACGAGUAUGCUGAGGAGUCGGAUGAUGAGGACGAGGUAGUCUUUGGGGAGCGCACGCAGCGAAAGCCACAGGAGCCGUUACAAGUUGAUGUUGCGCUGUUUAAUCCGGAGAACAAGCAUAUUAGGGAUCGGAUUCACGCCGGCCACCAGUUUAGGCCUCCGUCGGAGUUCCCAAUGCCCCUACAGAGCUUCUUUGAGAAUAGACAUCCGUCGCAGUGGACGUGGGCUGAGGAUGAUGAGCUGAAGCAGCUUGUGAGGGAGUAUCAAUACAACUGGUCUCUCAUCUCGAGUAUGUUAACGUCAAAGGGCGUUUACUACACAGCCGCCGAGCGUCGCACCCCAUGGGAGUGCUUCGAGCGCUGGAUCCACCUCGAAGGCCUCCCCGCCGACAUGCAAAAGACCCACUACUUCCGCGCCUACAACAGCCGCCUCGAAGCAGCCCAGCGCUCCCUCCUCCUCCAGAUCCAAGCCCAAGCCGCGCAACCCCCACCGGCCGUCGGCUCUGCCCCGCCCCGCCAGAUCCGCCGCUCCACGACGAGCGUGCGCGUCGAGCGCCGCCGCAACCAGAAGCACCUCACCCUCGUGGACUCGAUGCGCAAGGUGGCCAAGAAGCGCGAGACGACGGCGCAGAAGCAGCAGCAGGCGCAGAGCUUGGCGAAUAUGCGCAAGGCGAACGAUACGCCGGUGCAGCCGAUUAAUAAGCAUACCCCGGCGCAGUUUAGUAAGAUUAAGCAUGAUAGGGAGCAGGCGAUCUUGGAGCAGAAGGCGAGGUUGGUCCAGCAGCAGGAGGCUCAUAGGAGGGCGCAAGUAAUAGCACUCAGAAACCAGCAGCCAAACAUGCAAAUGGGCUACCCCGCCGGCCAAAACCAACAACAGCGCGGAAACCCUAACAUGAACGCGCCCCCACCCCCAAACAUGGGCGGCAACAACAACCCCCAAAACCGCCCCGCCAACCUCUCCGUGCCAGGCCAGCACCACCCGCAACAACAACAGCAGCAGCAACAGGGUAUGCAACAACUUCCCAACGGCAUGGGCGCACCCGGGAUGCCAAUGCCAAAUCUGCACCCCGGUAUGGGCGGUCCAAUGCCACUCAAGGGCGUCCCGCAACAGGCACAGAUGGGAAUGCAAGGGAUGCCCAUGGGCCCCGCGCACCGCCUCCCGGCACCGAACGCGACACCCGAUCUUAGUCUCGUCAUGCAGGCGCAGAGGAUCUCGCAGCAGCAGCGCGCGGCGGUGCAGAUGCAGCAGCAUCAGGGGGGUGGGGGGGUGCAGACUAUGCAUUCUUCCCCGCCGAAUGCGAUUCGCGGUUUGCCUAAUAUGGGAGGGGUGCCAGGCCAGCAACAGCAGGGUUUCAUGCCUACGAACGGCAUGUCCCCCAACCCCAUGCAGCAGCAGCAGCAACAACAGCAUUUCGCCGGCUCACCACCCAACUCCGCCGCCGGCGUAGCGGGACUCCAGGGCUCACCACGCCUCAACCCCCAAUACGCACAGCUGGAAGCGUCGUACCGCGCCAAGUUUCCCACCGCGACGCCGGAGCAGGUCCGCAAGAUGGUCGCGGAUGCGCUGGGGAAUGCGCAGAGGCAGGCGGCUAUGCAUGCUGCGGCCGGUGGGGGGGUGCAGGGGAUGCAGGGCAGCUCGCCGGUGCAGUAUGCGCAGAUGCUGAGGGCGCAGCAGGAGAGGCAGGCGGCGGCUGUGGCGGCGCAGGGGAUGCAGAAUCAAGGACAAGGAGGACAGCAGGGGCAAGGUCAAGGACAAGGACAAGGACAGCAGGGUCAGGGGCAGCAAGGACAGCAAGGUCAGGGCCAAGGACAGCAGCAGGGAGGAAUGCAGGGACAGCAGCAGGGGAUGGGACAGCAGCAGCAGGGUGGGGGAGGGCUGCAGCCUCAGCAGAUGCAGCAGCAGCGGAGUGGGAGCGCGACGUCUGCGGGGACGAAGUAGGGGGGGGUAGGGGGUGGAGUUGAGAGGGGUGUGAUGUGAUGGAGUGUUGUGGUUGCGGGGUGUUUGUGUAUACAUAAGCGUACGUUUGGUGCGUUGAUAUUUGCAGGGAAGGGAGGGAAAGGGAAGUUACUGGCUUAUUGGCUGGAUGGAAUGGGAUGAAUGGAUGGAUUGCUAGAGGGAUGGACGGAUGGGAAUGCAAUGGAAUGGCUUACUGACUGCUAUGCUAUUACUGCUACGGUUUGGGAGAGCGAGACGAACGAACGAACGAACUAGGUAGUUUGCUCUCUGCCUGCUGCUCCCCUCACACGACGUCGUCGUUGUGUGUCUGCCCGUUUUAAGACACAUGAUGGGGACGAGUAUAUAUUUUUUGUAAUAAAUUACCUUUUCAACUC